GAUGAUCACAAUAACGAGCUGAAGUUCUUUGGGGGCCCAUGAGGAUGGGAUGGGAUGCAAAAGGAGGAGGAGGAGGAUGAAGGAUCUGCCGCUAGAAUGAGAGAACAUGAACAGCUCAUCGGCCUGGAUCACACCGCCGCCCAUUACAUAUCCUCCCUCGGAGGAUAUGUAAUAAGGAAUACCAAUCAAUCAAUCAAGGCAGAAGAAGAAGAAGGAGAAGAAGGAGAAGGAGAGAGAGACGAGGACUCACAUUACAGGGCCCGGGGACGCCGACAAGACAACCCUCAAAUAUGUCUCUCAUCAUCAUCUUUAUACCACCACACUGGGCAGACGCUCGGCAAUCGAAUCAUCAUGAUCUCAAAAACUCGACAUUUGUUUCGCUUUCGUUCGUUCGAAUUCGGUCGGACUGAUAUUGUGAUGAAGGAUGAAGUGAAAGAGAAGCUGUGUUCCCGCAAGCGCAAGCUGAUCCAUGGCGAUCAUCAUCUGGAUCUGGACAUGCUCUGGAAUAUGUGCGGACAUCGCAUUGUUUCAAAAAGAAUAGGAAAUUAGACCCGGCGCGCCAUCAGUACAUAGUUGAUUUCCAAGUCCAAAUUAGUGAAGAAGAUCAAAAUCAAGAAUCUUUGGACAAGAGUCUCCAUUCAAUCAUCAUCAUCCUG